UCAGGAAUAGGCGGAGCUUCCGGUUCCGGUGGGGCCGUCCCUAGCGGCGGAAAUGGCGGCUGCAGCGACGGAGGCUGCGGCCUCAGGCUCUGAAGACCCCCGGGAAGAGGCUGAAGCCCUCGGCCCUGCCUGGAAUGAGUCCCAACUGCGCAGUUAUAGCUUCCCGACCCGGCCCAUCCCACGUCUGAGUCACAGCGACCCCCGGGCGGAGGAGCUCAUCGAGAAUGAGGAGCCUGUGGUGCUGACCGACACAAAUCUUGUGUAUCCUGCCCUCAAAUGGGAUCUUGAAUACCUGCGAGAGAAUAUUGGCAACGGAGACUUCUCUGUGUACAAUGCCAGUACCCACAAGUUCUUGUACUACGACGAGAAGAAGAUGGCCAAUUUCCAGAACUUUAAGCCAAGGUCCAACAGGGAGGAAAUGAAAUUCCAUGAGUUUGUUGAGAAACUGCAGGAUAUACAGCAGCGAGGAGGGGAAGAGAGGUUGUAUCUGCAGCAAACACUCAAUGACACUGUGGGCAGGAAGAUUGUCAUGGACUUCUUGGGUUUUAACUGGAACUGGAUUAAUAAGCAACAGGGAAAGCGUGGCUGGGGGCAGCUGACCUCCAAUCUGCUGCUCAUCGGCAUGGAAGGAAACGUGACACCUGCUCACUAUGAUGAACAACAGAACUUCUUUGCUCAGAUAAAGGGCUACAAGCGAUGCAUAUUAUUCCCUCCGGAUCAGUUUGAGUGCCUCUACCCAUAUCCUGUUCAUCAUCCAUGUGACAGACAGAGCCAGGUGGACUUUGACAAUCCUGAUUACGAGAGGUUCCCCAAUUUCCAGAACGUGGUUGGUUACGAAACAGUGGUUGGUCCUGGUGAUGUUCUUUACAUCCCAAUGUACUGGUGGCAUCACAUAGAGUCAUUAUUAAAUGGGGGGAUUACCAUCACUGUGAACUUCUGGUAUAAGGGCGCCCCCACCCCUAAGAGAAUUGAAUAUCCUCUCAAAGCCCAUCAGAAAGUGGCCAUAAUGAGAAACAUUGAGAAGAUGCUUGGAGAAGCCUUGGGGAACCCACAAGAGGUGGGGCCCUUGUUGAACACAAUGAUCAAGGGCCGAUACAACUAGCCUGCCAGGAGUCAAAGCCUCCUGCCAGGUGACUGCUAACUCGUCUACACCGCUCCAUUGAUGAGGACAGGAGACUCCAAGCACUAGUAUUGCACGCAGCACUUAAUGGACUGGACUCUUGCCAUAGCCCUGGAGGCAGGUGUUUGGGGCAAGGCAGUGCGUUGGCAUGCCACUCCUAUUUGGAGGGACUUUGUACCCUUGUCUCUGUGCCCCAGCACCUUUCCUCCUUGCCCCCCCCUAAAGUUCUGCAUUCAGUGUGUGGA